AAUUUUGCAAUUAAAUUUGUUUAAUAUAAAAACGGAAAUGCAGCGCGAGGAAAAGCACUUUGAGAUGACGCUGGACGCCGUCCUGCAGCGCCUGAACGACUUGAAGCUGGCGGUGCUGGCCAUGAUCCAGAAACUGGAGAUGGAAUACGAGACAAUCAACUGGCCAACAUUUCUGGACAAUUUUGCCAUCAUUUCCAGUCAUUUGACGGGGCUAACGAAGAUCCUGGCCAAAGAGCAGUGUCCACCGCUAAGGAACCGAACUGUCCUGCCGCUACUGGUGUCGAUGGAUCGCGACGAGACGUUAAUAAAUAUCACCGAGGGACGCGUGCCGGUCUUCUCCCACGACAUUGUGCCGGACUAUCUGCGAACGCGGCCCGAUCCGCUUACCGAGCAGAAGAUGCAGGCGAACGAGCAGAAAGCCGCCAAUCUCACCAACGAUGCGGCCAUGAAACAGGUCACCCAGUACAACAAGGUUGUCUCCCACGUCCUGGAUAUGGUCAGCAAGGCGCGCGAGGAGUGGGAGAUUGAGUCCUCCUCGCGCACCGGCAUCCAGCAAACCAGCAGUAUGGCCGACACUCAGCUCCUCGUUGCCGCGGUGGGCAUGGGCAAGGGUCUGAAGAUGACGAAUUACGGCCCGGGGCCUGGCAUGAUGGUGCCGCCCUCGAUUCGCGCCUCCUCGCCCAUGGGCGGGCCCGCCAUGAGUCCCGGCAACGUGCAGCAGCAGCUGGGCAAGGCUCCCUCGGCCGUCAAGACCAACAUCAAGGCGGCCAACCAAGUGCACCCCUUCUCCCGAUAGACGUCAAACGGUAGUGGCUAAAAUCAUAACUUUUAUAUUGUUGCGUUUCCGAGUGGCACAGAGUAACGCAACUGUUCGUUCCCGUUUGGGGGAAUGUGUAUCGUUGUAAUAAAUUAUACAUAUAUACCUAUUCCUAAGGCUACAAAUAAGCAAAUAUAAACGUGAACAAGUUCAAACUCA